AUGGAUGAGAAAGAAGAAAUGCCACCAAAAUCAAACAACGAUGAUGAAGAAGAAGAGAUUGUCGAACAUGUCGAAUUUGUGUACGAUAGUGAAGACAAAGAAAUCACAGAAGAAAUCAAACGAACCAUGACAAAGUUGAUUGUGCGCGGGCCUAAUGUCAAGACUAUUAAAGAGGGAGUCUUCAAGGAAUGUGCAAAGCUAAAGGAAAUUGAUUUCACCGAGGCAACUGCAUUGGAAACGAUUGGAUAUGGAGCCUUUUUCAAGUGUCCUAGUCUCCUUGCUUUCAAGUGCCCAUCCAAUGUCAAGACGAUUGGACAACGAGCCUUUUUGUUUUGUGAAAAUCUAAAGGAAAUUGAUUUCACCGAGGCAACUGCGUUGGAAACGAUUGGAGGAUGGGCCUUUCGCAAGUGUCCUAGUCUCCUUGCUUUCAAGUGCCCAUCCAAUGUCAAGACUAUUGGAGAUUAUGCCUUUUGUGAAUGUGAAAAUCUAAAGGAAAUUGAUUUCACGGAGGCAAUUGCGUUGGAAACGAUUGGAGAAUUUGCCUUUUACAAGUGUCCUAGUCUCCUUGCUUUCAAGUGCCCAUCCAAUGUCAAGACUAUUGGACGGCAGGCCUUUGCAUAUUGUUCAAAGCUAAAGGAAAUUGAUUUCACCAAGGCAACUGCGUUGGAAACGAUUGCAGCAUAUGCCUUUGGCAGUUGUCCUAGUCUCCUUGCUUUCAAGUGCCCAUCCAAUGUCAAGACUAUUGGACAGAAGGCCUUUGCAAAAUGUGAAAAUCUAGAGGAAAUUGAUUUCACCAAGGCAACUGGGUUGGAAACGAUUGGAGAUUCAGCCUUUUACGAGUGUCCGAGUCUCCUUGCUUUCAAGUGCCCAUCCAAUGUCAAGACUAUUGGACAGGGAGUCUUUGAGGAAUGUGCAAAGCUAAAGGAAAUUGAUUUCACGGAGGCAACUGCGUUGGAAACGAUUGCAGCAUAUGCCUUUGGCAGUUGUCCUAGUCUCCUUGCUUUCAAGUGCCCAUCCAAUGUCAAGACUAUCGGACAAUAUGCCUUUAGGCAAUGUGCAAAGCUAAAGGAAAUUGAUUUCACCGAGGCAACUGCGUUGGAAACGAUUGGAGAACGAGCCUUUUGCGAGUGUCCUUUUCUCCUUGCUUUCAAGUGCCCAUCCAAUGUCAAGACUAUUGGAGUUCAAGCCUUUGCAUAUUGUGAUAAUCUAGAGGAAAUUGAUUUCACCAAGGCAACUGCGUUGGAAACGAUUGGAGAUUCAGCCUUUCGGAAGUGUCCUAGUCUCCUUGCUUUCAAGUGCCCAUCGAAUGUCAAGACGAUUGGAGUUCAAGCCUUUGCAUAUUGUGAUAAUCUAAAGGAAAUUGAUUUCACCGAGGCAACUGCGUUGGAAACGAUUGAAGAUGGAGCCUUUUACAAGUGUCCUAGUCUCCUUGCUUUCAAGUGCCCAUCCAAUGCCAAGACUAUUGGAGAGAGCGCCUUUUUUAAAUGUGAACGUCUAAAGGAAAUUGAUUUCACCGAGGCAACUGCAUUGAAAACUAUUGCAGCAUAUGCCUUUAAAAUCUGUCCUAGUCUCCUUGCUUUCAAGUGCCCAUCCAAUGUCAAGACUAUUGGAAAGAACGCUUUUGAGGAAUGUACAAAGCUAAAGGAAAUUGAUUUCACCGAGGCAACUGCGUUGGAAACGAUUGGAGAACAAGCCUUUUACGUUUGUCCUGGUCUCCUUGCUUUCAAGUGCCCAUCCAAUGUCAAGACGAUUGGAGAGGAGGCCUUUGCAGUUUGUGAAAAUCUAAAGGAAAUUGACUUCACCAAGGCAACUGCGUUGGAAUCGAUUGGAUAUCGAGCCUUUUACAAUUGUUCUAGUCUCCUUGCUUUCAAGUGCCCAUCCAAUGUCAAGACUAUUGGAGAUAAGGCCUUUCAACUGGGUAAAAGUCUAAAGGAAGUUGAUUUCACCGAGGCAACUGCGUUGGAAACGAUUGGAGAAUCAUCCUUUGGCAGUUGUCGUAGUCUCCUUGCUUUCAAGUGCCCAUCCAAUGUCAAGACGAUUGAAAAGGAGGCCUUUGACCUGUGUAAAAGUCUAAAGGAAAUUGAUUUCACCAAGGCAACUGCGUUGGAAACGAUUGGAGAACAAGCCUUUUGUUUUUGUGCAAGUCUCCUUGCUUUCAAGUGCCCAUCCAAUGUCAAGACGAUUGGAAAGGAGGCCUUUCGAGAGUGUGCAAAGCUAAAGGAAAUUGAUUUCAUCGAGGCAACUGCGUUGGAAACGAUUGGAGAAGGACCCUUUUACAAGUGUACUAGUCUUGAAACAGUCUACUUUGCUCCCAACGUGACGGUUGUCCCCAAGAAUAUCCUCGAAGAAUGCCCCAAUCUCCAAUUUUUGAAGAUUCCUAGUGGCAAUCCAGCGAUUCACAUUCGAUUGUACAUAUCACUCAAUGAAGAUCAAAAAAAUAUUUUGCUUAUUUUGAAUGAUAUAGUGAAUGUCUAUGCUUGCAAUCCAAUCAAGAAUUCCGAAUUGCUGGAGAAGUUGGGGGACGAAAAAUCGAUUCUUCACCAAGUGAGAGCAAUGUAUAUUGGUUCCAUUGUCGAUGGUACACGUCGUUUUCUUUCGAUUCCGGAACGCAAUGGGUGGUUGCAAUUCUUGGCGAACAAUAUGGGCGACGGAACGGAUGACCCAGACAUGAGCAAGUUAUUGGACUAUCUUGAAACUGUGGAUAUCAAAAGAGUCCGAGAGCUCGCCGAAACCAAGGAUCAAUCAGAUCGUGCUGCAAAGUCGGUGGCAUCCAAACACAUCCAAAAAGUGUUUGAAAAACGAUUGUUCUUUCUCGGCCGCUACGAUAUUGCAAGAGGACCACCCAUUCACCAGUCGGCAACUUGUGUUGUGGUCAAGGCAACGGAUGCCAAGAUGAGGGAGUACUUUGAAAAGAAGUAUGAACCAUAUGAAGGAAGAGAAGUAGGCAAGAAAUUGUUCCAGGAGAUAUUGGGCAAGAUGGAGUUGAUCCCACACGACAAGGAAAACAUCAAGGGUCUCUUCCAACGAGCAGAUGUCAAAAAAGAUGAAAAAAUUUCCAAAGAAGAGUUUGUGGACUUUUGCUUGGCCGAAAUUGGUGGGACUGUGGUUCUAAAGUUUAUGCGGAACAAGGACCAGUUUCGCCGAGAAGUGAACUGCCGCAUAAACAAUAAACUGGAUUCGAAAUAUGUGGUUGGUAGUAUCCGAAGCCAUGAUAAAGAGAGUGAUGCCAAUUUGGUCGAAUCACUAAAGGACUCAAUCCUACAAGAAGAUGGUAACGGUACAUCAUCAUUUCUAAAGAAGGAGGGUGCCAAGGCAGAGGAUUACUGCAAUGUGUUGGUGAUGCCUUAUGGAGAACGGAAUUUGGACACAAUCUUCCGAAGUGAGCGGCUCGAUAUUCUGACAAUUCAAACACUGAUGAAGGAGAUUGGAAAAGCGGUGGCACACCUACACAAGCAAGGACUGAUACAUGGGGACUUGAAGAUGUUGAACGUCAUCCGCAUAAAUGGGCACAUGGUGUUGAUUGACAUGGAUGCUUCUGCAAAGAUUGGUGAGGAUUUCGCUGGUGAGAAGUAUUCGUCCGGUGUCAUUCCACCUGAAAUGAUUUACCAGCUGGCGAACUAUAAAGAGAAGGAAAAAUAUGUUUCCUACUUCCAAGAUCAAAACAAAGAAGAGCAACAAAAGCGUGCCCCAAAGUUCACCACCAGAAGCCCCAAGAUCGGAUAUGCAGUCAAAUCAUUCUUGGGACAUGAUGAGACGACAACAUUUGAGGAUCCAGAGACUGGAAACACUGUCCCUAAAACAAAACGUAUGGUGACCUCAAAAGGUAACUUACCGAUGUUCGAGGUGGUUGGUGCGGAUAGUUCGUUCGAUGUCUGGUCUUUUGGCGUUCUCCUGUAUACGUUGUGCAGCAAGCACACUUUGUUCCAAGUGAACACUGAUGAUGAUAUCUUUGAUGGUAAUUCGAUGCGAGAGUUGUACCAUUGGGGACAAGAUGAUUUGGAAGUUGAAUCAAUUCUUGAGAAUAGCAUUCAAGAUGAUGCUGCCAAAAACCUGCUGAAGAAAAUUCUUAAACGCCAUCCCAAGGAUAGGCCUUCAAUGAAUGAAAUUCUUUUAGAUCCAUUUUUCAGUGGCAAGACUACCGAUGAUGUGAAGGAAGUGGUAAAAGAAGAGUUUGGAAAGAUGAAAUCACUUGUACUUGAGAAUCGGCAAAUCAUGCAACAUGGAUUCUCCAAGAUCCACGAGUCACUAAACCGUCUAAAAAGCUAUCAAGAAACGGCCAAUGCUCUUUUGAAAGGGAUCGUUCAAGGAAAGAAAGCACAGCCAAAGUUUCUUGUGAUUCUUCCAGCAGCGGAACAAGACAAUCAUCAAGAGAAGCAAUUCUCUAGAUUUCUGUCAACACUGUCAAAGAUUAAGAAUGCCAGCAGCCUCACUACCAAGGCAAGGUUGUGCUUCAUUUGUCCAAUAUCGCUACAACCAGUUGUGGGAACAGAUGGAAAAGCGAUUGGGUAUGAUAUUAAAUUGGCCAAGGAUUGGAUCAAGAAGUAUGGACCUGCUAUUCUGAUUGGCCUGAAGAUUGUCCAAGUAGGACUUGCAGUGGGCCGUGGAUUCGGUCUCCCCCUUCCAUCGUUGAGUGGGGCGGAGGAAGGGUUGUUGGAGACUUCGGAUCUCUUUGCAGAGAUUCAAGGUUUGUUGGUUGAUGGAAUGGGAGGCGAUGCCGAAGAGGAUGGCCUUGCGGAUAUGAUGCUGGAAAAAUUCGCAGACAGAGUCGAUAGCGCAGCCUCGGCGGAAGGUCCAGUCACCAUGAAAAAGAACCAUUUAGCCAGCAUUCAAAAGUCGUAUGAUGGCAUUGGUUUGCUCAUUGACGACGAGGAAUUCAAACGCUGCGGUCUUGUGCAGGCCGUCAGCAGCGAUGGGAAAGAAUAUGAAUAUGUACACCCCAAUGUGAAGCCGUUGUUUGAAAAAUUUGGGUCGAAAUGCUUGGAGAUGUCAAUGGAAGAAAGGGAAACGGAAAAUGCCAUGUUGGCUGCAGAAGCUCGAGAGGAUGGAGACAAAGAUACAAAAAAGGGAAGCCCCGAAAAUGGAGACGAUGAAAUGAGGAAGCACGAGACUGCGGUUCCAGUUCCGGUUCCAGUUCCGGUUCUGGUAGCACCUUCAGACAGUAUUCCUCAAAGUGAGUUACAAGGGAUACCACAGGGCUCUAUCAAUUAUGUGGUUCACAAAGGCUGGCUGCGCAUUCAAAGCCGUUGGCCUCCCUAUCUUUGGAAGCAACGAUAUGUCGUGGUCUACAACAAUUGCAGCAUUACACAGUAUCCCAAUGCUGGUUCAACUUUCCUUGAUGCCAAAUGGAUAGAUAUGAAUGAUGGAACGAUGGAGCUACGGUCUGGAGGGAAAGUCGUUGCAAAAGCCAAGCUAUCGAAACGCUGUACUAGUAGUACCAUUGCCGAGUGGUGUCAAGGGAAUAACAUGAUCUUGAAUUCCGAUGAGCAAUCGACCCCCAAUUUGAAGAAUCGCAAAGCAGCCGCCGCAUCGUCUCGGGCCGAUCACACUGGGAAUGUCAUCCAAUCGAGCAACAAUAGUGACUGA